UGCGGCCGUCAGGGAUGGCGGCGUCCAGUGGGACCGAGGCGAGUGGUGGUGGCGGAGGGGAAGGUGUCAGUGGCCAGCCGAGAGGAGCAAAGAUCCUGACCGCUGGAGCCCCGCGUCGCAUCGGAUUGUGACGGCGUCCCCAAGAGGCCAAGCUCAGGUGUCAUCCUUUCCUCCCGUCAGCAACCACCAUGACGCUGACGAAAGGUUCCUUUACGUACUCCAGUGGGGAGGAAUACCGUGGCGAGUGGAAGGAGGGCCGGAGACAUGGUUUUGGUCAACUGAUGUUUGCAGAUGGUGGCACCUACCUGGGUCACUUUGAGAAUGGGCUCUUUAAUGGCUUUGGGGUACUGACCUUCUCAGAUGGCUCAAGGUAUGAGGGGGAGUUUGCCCAGGGCAAGUUUAAUGGCGUCGGAGUUUUCAUUCGCUAUGACAACAUGACCUUUGAGGGGGAAUUUAAAAAUGGCAGAGUAGAUGGUUUUGGCUUGCUGACUUUCCCUGACGGCUCCCACGGAAUACCCCGCAACGAAGGUCUGUUCGAGAACAACACGCUGCUGCGGCGUGAGAAGUGCUCUGCCGUGGUUCAGCGGGCGCAGAGCGCCUCCAAGUCAGCCAGGAACCUCACGGCCUGAUGGAGCUUUGGGCACAUCUGGGAACAUCCCUUGUGCCCAUGUGGCGGCGGCGGCGAGGCGAACAAACGAACCCGCUAUGAGAUGGGAUUGACUGUGGUGGCUGUGGUGCCACCGCCCGUGAGGUGCUCUGUCGCCUGCCAAUCAGGAGUUCAGUCGCAGGAAAGCGUGAAGGAUUUGGGCCCGGAGACCCUGUAGCAGUUCUGCCCUUCCCUGACCUGUGCUUAAGAACGGGGCGCCUCUCUUCCUUGCUGUUACUCCGUUUCUAGCACCUUGGUACCCAGUGCUGUGGCCUUCUGUGUGCUGUCAAACCACACAGAAUCUCUUCAUUCCACCUAUCCUUACAGCAGAUGAUCCUGGCUCCGACUUAGGGCCAGUCCUGUGUGCCGCCAUGGAGAAAUCAGGAAAAAGAGGGUGACUUAGACCACAGUGGUUCUGUGAAGCCUAGAACAGAGCUUUCCUGUGUGUUACCCCUCAUGCACCGCACUGGAGGCCUGGCUCCAGGCUGGUCUCUGUGUCUUCUAUUCACCUUCAAUGUAAGAGCGUGGCUUUCUUCUCCCUCAACUUUACAGUUAACUGUCUUCCCUACCUGACUUACAGCAGAUAGCCCAGUCCCCAUCUGUGCCUCUCUCUCCCUUAGAUGUCAGACAGGAUCCCCUCAUAGAAUAGCCAAAUAAGAAACUAGUGUAAGAAUAGCUAUGACCUGUAUCCAUUAUCAAUCCAGGGCAAGGGGCAGACCUAUCUAGGCCUCCUGUGAAUGACCUGAAUCCCAGGGAAGGCUUGCACUGACAGUUCCUUCCCAGCGCAUCAGUGGAUCAGACUCACAGCCCCUUGGGUGUCAGAAGUCCUGGAUCCAUCCUAGUGUGAACUGACUGGCAUUGGCACCUCCGUUUCACUCAUGACUCUUCAAGCAAGAGUCUUGGCCCUCGGGCCUGGGACAGAUCUUACUGCCAAAACCAUCCCAAGGUCUCCAGUUAGCGUAGGUCCCAGCCCUAGCCCAGCUCCCAACCUCAAGUCUCCCUCAACAGCGGACUGUGGUGGGAAUCCUAGCUGUGUGCCUCUAUUUAUUCUCUGAACUGUACUGUAGAACAGUGUUCAUAGGAAUAAACCAGCCACCACAACUGCCUGCA